CUUCACCGCACACCGUAACUCGCAUGUAGCAGCACGCUCCACUUUGAGAUUAGCGGGGCAAUUUAAUCCGACGCGUCUCCAGCGCAUGAGAACAUGGAGCUUGAUUGUUAGGCGAUGACCGAAUCCUGUUGAGAAUCCAAAUCAGUCCAUAUAUCCCUCUAUCACAUCACCUUUUCUGCAUCAAACUCUCUCCAAAUAACACACCCAUCAAACCCCCGGCGCAUCCUCGCACAAACCCAGCGAAACCAUCAACUCAAUCGCGCAACCUACCUCCCUCUUCAACCCCCCGGAUAACCACCAGAAACAAUGGGCAAGCGCAAAAAGGCCACCAGAAAGCCAACCGGCCCUCGCAGGAACGAACCCCUCCCCUCAGUCUUCACCUGCCUCUUCUGCAACCACGAAAAGGCCGUCUCCGUCAAGGUCGACAAGAAAGCCGGCGUCGGCUCCCUCGACUGCAAGAUCUGCGGCCAGCACUUCCAGUGCGGCAUCAACUACCUCUCCGCCCCCGUCGACGUCUACGCCGAAUGGGUCGACGCAGCCGACGCCGUCGCCCAAGAAAACAGCGAGAAGGCAAAGGCCGCCGCCGCCGGCGGGCGAUCAAGUAAUAGCGGGGGGCGGGCAGCCCGACGAGUCGAGGCCGAUGAUGACGAGGAUGGUUAUGGGGAUGUGAUACCGGAUGAUGAUGACUACGAGUGAAAUCUCUCUUCCUGGGUUUUGUUUGUUUUGGUACGACAAGAUUUGGUGGUGUAUUUUUUUAUUUUUAUUUUUGGGGGGUGGAAUGGGAAUUGGGAAACAGGGAAAUAAAUGUAUGGUUCGGGUGGCAAUCAAUCGAUCAAUCAAUCAUAUCAUGGCGACAAGUAUUUGAGGCAGAGGAGGCAUAAAAUCAGUCGGCGGGUGUGGAAAAUA